CUUCGUCUGCAAUAUGGGAACAAUAAAGUCUACCUCAAGAAUUAGGAAUUUACUUAAGAGUUUUUUUUUAAAAAAAAUAACAGUGCGGAUGCUUGUUGAGGGUACGAACUCAAAACAUGGGGCUCCCAUUACGAUCACUGUUCUCAUCCUUACUAUCCUUCUCUACAAAUGGGGAUAAUUCAACAGUGCUAGCUCCAGGCGGUUGAUAGGAUUAAUGAGGCCACGCAUGUGCGUGCCUAGCACAUAGUAAGUGCUCAAUCAACGGUAAGUACCUGACUGUUUCGCUUAUCGACCUCAUCCUCCCCAAAGCACUGUCGUGUGUUAGCACCCCAGGCCGGAAGGAGCCCAACUUGGAGUUAAAGAGCGGAAUUUUCCAGAGGCGGAAACCAAAGUGCCCAAAGAGGGAAGGGCUUUGGAAUUCUGGUCCGCCAGGGACGCGGGGUGUUCCGCGCGCUGCCCGCCGGGCCUCAGCGCGUUGACGCCGCAGUCAGGGGCGCCCCCACAGCUCGCUCUGUCCCCUCCACCGACAGCGGUCCAGGCGAGCCAGGGUACCAAAAAAAAGUAAACCAGCCCUCCGCUGGGGUGGUCGCCGCGCGGAGCCCUGAGCCUGGGACAGACCUGAUGGCCCCAUACCGGAGCCCUGAGCCUGGGACAGACCCGAUGGCCCCAUACCGCCAGCCAGGAUGGGUACCAUGAGUUCACGUGAAGGAGCCCGGCGGGCCCCCGCCCCCGCCGAGUGUGUGCGCAGGGAAGUGGCUGGGCCGAGACCUGGAGCCGCUGCCUAACAGUGUCUGGCAUUCACACGGGCGGCCUCCGCCCCACCCUGUUCUCGGCUUGACCGGUCCUUAGACUGUGGUACAGACCUCCAUGAGCCGGUCCCAAGUAGCCCUGCUGGGCCUGGGUCUGCUGCUCAUGCUACUACUGUAUGUGGGGCUGCCCAGCCUCCCUGAGCAGACUUCCUGGCGCUGGGGAGACCCCAAUGUCACAGUCCUGGCUGGUCUCACCCCUGGCAACUCCCCCAUCUUUUACCGCGAGGUGCUCCCACUCCGUCAGCCACACAGGGUGGAGGUGGUGCUACUCCAUGGAAAGGCCUUCAACUCCCACACUUGGGAGCAGCUGGGCACACUGCAGCUGCUGUCGCAGAGGGGCUACCGGGCCGUGGCCCUUGACCUUCCAGGUUUUGGGAACUCAGCACCUUCAAAGGAGGCAAGCACAGAAGCAGGCCGGGCGGGGCUGCUGGAGCAGGUGCUGCGGGACCUGGAGGUGCGGAAUGCCGUGUUGGUGAGCCCCUCGCUGAGCGGCCACUACGCCCUGCCCUUCCUGAUGGGAGGCCACCACCAGCUACAUGGAUUUGUGCCCAUCGCACCCACUUCCACGCGGAACUACACCCAGGAGCAAUUCUGGGCUGUGAAGACCCCAACCCUCAUCCUGUAUGGAGAGCUGGACCACAUCCUGGCUCAAGAGUCUCUGCAGCAGCUCCGCCACCUGCCCAACCACUCUGUGGUGAAGCUGCGCAAUGCAGGCCAUGCCUGCUACCUCCACAAGCCACAAGACUUCCACCUUGUCCUCCUUGCCUUCCUUGACCAUCUGUCUUGAACUAACCUGCUACCCAGGCCCCAGGCCUGGCCUGAGCUUGAAGGGUCUGGACCACAACCCUCCUGCCACCAGGGAGGCAGCCCCUGGGAUUGAAGGGCAGAGGUCAGAGGGUCAGAUCCAGCCAGGACCUCUCAUUUCAUCUCACAGACACAAUAAAAAAGCAUUUGUCUUGCCUGGG